GUUUGCUAUUGCAAGUAGAUGGACAUUUCCCAAACAUACUCGUUGACCAUAUGAAAAAUCAAGUUUUCGAUAAUAUAAAAGGUCGCCGUUGGAGACUAUCAAAAUUCAUUCACCACUUGCCUCUCAAGCAGCAACAACAAAGGAACAUAACUUAAACAAUGAAGAUCUCUGCUGCUAUCUGUCUGUUCCUGGUGUCAUCGACCCUAGCUCUUCCUGCUCACUUCAAGCGUGAAUCACCGCUUGUCGAUGUUACCAAUGCUAAGAUUGGUGAAAAUUUGAGUGCUGCUAACAACAACAAUGUCUUGGAUAACGCCAUGAACACUGGUAACGUCAACGCUGCCGACAGUGUCAAAGAUAUCCUCAAGCGCUCUGAUCCGCUCGUCGACUCUGCCGACGCCAAUGUCUUGAACGAUGCUCAGGCUGUCAACAACAAUGAAGUGCUUGAAAAUGCCAAUGACGUCCUCAAUGUUGAUCUUUCCAGAAUUCUGACUGAUAUUGCUAAGAGAAGAGAUGCUCUUGUAGAUGUCUCAGACCUCAAAGUUUUGAAUGAUCUCACAGCUGCUAAAGACAACAAUGUCGCUAACGACCCCAAGGAUACCGGCAAUGUUGACCUCAGCGAUGCCAUCAAAGAUAUUCUCCGCAAGCGCAGAGAUGCUCUCGUCGAUGCUCAUGAUCUUUCCAUUUUAAACACUGCUGAUAUUCUCACAAACAACAACGUCGCCAAUGACCCCGAAAAUGUGCUCAAUGUCAACGCUAAUGAUGCUGCUAAAAAUAUUCUCAACAGCAACGACGCUUCUACCGUUGAUGGAACUCCUAUGGUCAUGCCAGAGGUGUCUGAGGAUGGUGCUGCUAUCGCUGAUGAAACUCCUAUGGUCAUGCCAGAGGUGACUGAAGAUGAUGGUGCUGCUAUCGCUGACGAAACUCCUAUGGUCAUGCCAGAGAUGACUGAAGAUGGCGCUGCUGCUACUGUUGACGAAACUCCUAUGGUCAUGCCAGAGAUGACUGAUGAUGUUGCUGCUACUGUUGACGAGACCCCUAUAAUCGACGAGACCCCUAUGGUCAUGCCAGAGGUUACCGAAGAUGGUGGUGCCCCUAUGGUCAGCCCACCAGUCGCUGACGAUAACACCGUUAUCAACAACGAUGCUACAAUGGAUGGUCCCAUGAAUGCAGGAACUGACUCUGACAGCCCUCUUAUCGACGCUCAUGGUUUAUCUAUCCUCAACAAUGCUGGUAUUGCCAAGAACAAUGGCAUUGCCAAUGAUGCCAGCAAUGUCGGUAAUGUUAAAGGUCAAGGUAUCGUUAAGGAUAUUUUGAAGCGAAAUGACCCUCUAGUUGAUGCCAAUAAUGCCAAGAUUGCUGAAGAUUUGAUGGCCGCAAAUGACAACAUGGUCGCCAAUAACAUGAAGGAUACUGGAAACGUCAAUGUCAUGGAUGCAGUUAAGGACAUUCUUCGCAAGCGCCGCGACGCACUUGUUGAUGCCAAGGGUCUUACUGCCGCAAACAACGUUGUUGCCGCCAAAGAUAACAUGGUUGCUCAAAACGCAAAGAACGUCGCAAAUGUCAAUGCCGCCGAUGCCGUCAAGGGUGUUCUUCGUAAGCGCCGCCUUGUUGAUGCCCAAGAUCUUUCUGCAGGCAACAAUGCUGUGGCUGCCAAGGAUAACAUGAUUGCACAAAACGCAAAGAACGUCGCAAAUGUCAAUACUGCCGAUGCCGUCAAGGAUAUUCUUCGUAAGCGUCGCCUUGUUGAUGCCCAAGAUCUUUCUGCAGGCAACAACGCUGUGGCUGCCAAGGAUAACAUGAUUGCACAAAACGCAAAGAACGUCGGCAACGUCCAUGCCAGCGAUGCUGUCAAGAAUGUUUUGCGCCGCAGAGACUUGGGGCUUUUGGGUAAUGACGAACGCCGUGUGACAUCCUCAAAAGCUGACAUCCAUGUCAGCAACAUGGGCAAUAACAUGGGUGCCAAGAAAAAUAUGGAUUACCAGAAGGAUCAAGAAGUAAAGGACCUUUUGCGUCAAAUCACUGAUAUUCUUAACGACAGAGAUUAAGCUCAAAAACCGUCCCAGUCAUACGGAACAAUCUUAUAUUUUCAAUGGCGGUUGCGACUCUUUCCUUAACAUACAACAGAAAAAACCGCAUCAUUUCUCGCAAAGCUUGGUAAACUAUAAUUGCCCUACCCUCAUUUUCCCUUUUAUCCCAAUAUCGGGCUAUUUUUCAUCUCCUUAUUAUUUAUUCAACACAUCAUUGACAAGACAUUAUUUUUCUCCAGCUCCCAUUCCCAUUUUAAGUCAUUAAAUAAACCGCAUUUGCAUGGUU